GCUGAUUUCAUUUUUGUGUCUACUGUCUUUCCUCUCUCAAUGUGUUAAUAUAUUUUAGAUUGAACGACAAAGAAAAAAAACCAACAAAUUAUACGUCUUUUUUUGCACGUAAAAAAUUUUUUGUGUGAAGAAUUUUUGUUUUUUUUUUGUUUUUUCCCUAGUACUUUGUUUGAAUGAACAGAAAUAGAAAGAGAAAGGGAGAGGAGAGAGGAAGAGAGACAGAAGAAAAAAAACAUACGCCACACAUUACAUACGAUCACGUAUAUAUAGUCAAAAAAUGGCAAGAAUGAAUCGAGCGAACAGAUAUCUAAGUCGAAAUAAUUCUUAGAAGAAAACGAAUGAGUUGGCGUUCAAAAGCAACCUGUGUAUAUAUACAAAUUUAGUUUUCCGUUUUAUUUAUAGAAAGAAAGUUUUUGAAAUUCUCAAAUAUAUCAGGGUUUUACAUCAGUUUUGAUUGAUCGAAAGAAAUUUUGAAGCGUGUUGUAUGGUAUGGUGGCCAAGCAAAAAAAAAAAAAAUACAAAAAUAAGAAAAAGUUUUGAAAAGAAUAUCAACAGCCUCAAUUCAGAACGAAAUAAUACACAAAGAUAUACAAAGUGUCGAAUUCAUAUCGAUAAUAUUAAUAUUUAGUGCAUGUGUAUCGAAUUGUGUUAUUUACGUUUGCUUUGAAGGAAAAAGGCGUUUCUGGAACAAGUGCAAUUUUGGAAUGCAAAAUAAAAGAUUUAAAUUUUGCGUGGAGGGAUGGCUAAUUAGUGAGUUAAAGCAGCAGUUGAUUAUAAAAGAUUGAAACGAAGUUGUUGCUGUUUUUUUUUUGUCUGACACAUAUCAUCGUAUAGCACACAUUUGAAAAUGGCACAGUCUCCAGCAACAGCAACGGCAACAACAACAUUCAAACAAAAUGGAUUUACACGAAAGCCACACGAUAUGAAUAAUCAUUUAUCGUCAUCACCACGCCGAACGGCAAUUGGAAAGCCGUCACUACGUUUGUCAAUUCCAACGAUAGAACAAAUUGGCGAUACAAAAACUCCGGUGAAAUCAAGUCAAACCGAUCCAAUCAAUAAAAAAACUGACUCAUUUGUGAAGCGAAUGAUUGAUAACUGCAAUCAUUCGGGCCAAUUACCGUCAAACAUUGAAAUUAAUAACGUGUGCAAUGACAUUCAAACCAGUAAUAGUGAAAAUCCUGCCGAUGUAUGUGAUGCGAAUCGAGUUAAAAGUGUCAUUGAGAAAUUGGACAAGAAUAAGCGAAGGAAUAGUAAUAACAACACUAGCGGUAACGGUACCAACAAUACCAGCACAAAUGGUAAAUCGCCCACCGACAUUACAAUGGCUUCCUGCUUCGACGUCGAUAGGAAAUUAAUGCGAAAGCCAAGCAUUGAAAUUUUCAAUGAGAAUGAUAAAAUGACAACAGACAACGAUUGCGACAUUAAAUGCAGAAUUGAUUCAAAUGGUGUACAACCGCAACAGCUAGAUAAUUUUUUGUCAUAUUCAAAAUUCGAAAACGAUUUUAAAAAGCGCAUCAACGAAAUCAACUGUAAUCGAAUUGAUGCACAAACACACGAUCCAAUGACCCUGUUUCCACACAUGAAAUGCAUUUCCACAUCGACACCAAAUUCACCGUUACAACUUCCGAAACCUCAUCUCAACAGGAUUGAGCCGCAUCUUAGCAGAAAUCUCAGCUUAAGCCCGAGCAUUCAUUAUAAAUUAGAGCAACACAUUAUGCCAGAAAUCUCAGAUGCGGUUACAAGUUCCGGGCCGGAAAUGUCAUCAAUCCUGGAAAAUCUGCAACAGAAACAUAAACUCAACACGACGACAACACGGCAAAAUGUCGUCAAUUCCAGUUCGAGCAGCAUCAAAGAAACCUCCUCGUCGUCAUCAACGUCAUCAUCGCAACAGGUGUUGAACAGUAGCAGCACAUCGUCGACAAAGUCAAGUACGACAACAUCACGUGUAGCCAAAGCCUCAUCAUCACAAAGAUUGCAUCACAUGUCUUCCUCUUCCACUCAAUCGUCAACCGAAUUGAAAGCAAUGGCCCUGCAACGUGACAUCAAUGAUAUGAAAAAUUCCAUGUCAGAAAUAAGUUCAUUGGCAGCAAUGACCCAGCCACCAAUAACAGCCGAAGAUAUCACUUUGUCAAAUACAUCGACCAUAUCCGAAUUGCAGAAACGGCUGAGAAGCUCUUUGGAGAAUAUAGUCGAUGUGCCAGACGACGAAGAGCCUCUUGUUACGUUCCCCGACGAAGGAAAUGGCCGAGAAUUAGAAUUAGAUCUGAGACAUGCCCAACAGUUAGUUCCAACUGCCUCAAAUGAAUUAUGUGUGGCUAACGCUAAUGACAUGAAUAUGAAUACAACGGAUACGGUGAAAUUUGAGGAGAAACGUACAAUGUCAGCAUCAAAAACAAAAGUUAUCAAGGAUGGUUUCAGCAGCGAACAGGCCACAAGCAAUGCAAGUGAAAUGAAACGAUUACAAGCAGGCGAUAUUGACUACAAAGAAGCAAUGGCAGCGUCAAAAAUUCGAAACAAAAUCGAAGUGGAUGGAAUAAAAGCUGAACAAAAUGCAUCAGUAUUAAAGGAGGCUAGGACAUUUAAAUCGGGCGAUAUUCAACAGCAAGAGUCGAAUAAUCGAGCGGAAGCUUCAAUGAAAAUCCACAGUGAUACAUUCAGUGCCGAAAAUAAGGCGAUGAAACAAGCACAGCAACGUCAAACUGUCACAUCGACUGGUAUUUUCAAUCAAGAAAAGCAUGUGUCGUCUGCAUCACAAUCCAACUAUAUGAUCACAAGGAAGGGCAUGUGCAGCCAGGGCAGCAGCAUGAUAACAUCAUCACAGUCAAGUAAAGCAACAAAUAGUCAUGUGUUUCUGGAAGGUUCGCAGAGUCUUGAAGAUUUGGAAAAGCUAUCAUCGAACAGUAAUCAAAAAGAAGUUGAAACGGCCAUCGUAAAAUAUUCCCAACUCUUGAAUUCCAAUGUAUCAUUGUUAAAGCAAUCGGAAGCAACAAAAGUGCAAAAUGUGUUGGAUUCCAUCAAUACAGUGAUACAAAAAGCAUGGGCUGUACCAACGCAUGGCCAUCAAUUGGGCUACAGUCUUUGUAAUACGCUACGAAAAAAUGGUGGCUUAGAUUUGCUGAUGGAGAAUUGUGCACAGCAUGAUAAUAGAUUGCAAUUUUCAUCGGCACGUUUGCUGGAACAAUGUUUAACCACCGAAAAUCGAUCUCAUGUUGUUGACCAAGGCCUUGAAAAGGUGGUACGUGGUGCAUGUAUAUGCACAAAACAUGCGACAACCGAUCAUUCACGCGUCGGCACUGGCAUUUUGGAGAAUUUAUUCAAGCACAGUGAAGGCACAUGUUCGGAUGUCAUUUCAUUGGGCGGUUUAGAUGCCGUACUAUUUGAAUGCCGAAAAAAUGAUGUGGAAACAUUGCGUCAUUGUGCCAUGGCAUUGGCAAAUCUAUCAUUGUACGGCGGUGCUGAUAAUCAAGAGGCGAUGAUCAAUCGCAAAGUUCCCAUUUGGUUGUUUCCAUUGGCAUUUCAUAAUGACGACCUCAUCAAAUAUUAUGCAUGUUUGGCCAUUGCCGUUUUGGUUGCAAACAAAGAAAUUGAAGCUGAAGUUUUGAAAUCAGGCACAUUGGAUUUGGUCGAACCAUUUGUUACGUCACACAAUCCAUCUGAAUUUGCUAAAUCGAAUUUGGCACAUGCACACGGUCAAAGUAAGCAUUGGUUACAACGUUUGGUGCCAGUUUUAAGUUCGAAUCGUGAAGAGGCUCGCAAUUUGGCCACUUUCCAUUUUUGCAUGGAGGCUGGCAUAAAAAAAGAGCAGGGCAGUACCGAUAUAUUCCGUGAAAUUGGUGCAAUUGAACCGUUAAAAGCGGUUGCCAGUUGUCCAAAUGCAAUUGCAUCCAAAUUUGCUGCACAAGCCCUUCGUUUGAUUGGCGAAGAGGUUCCGCACAAAUUGAGCCAACAAGUUCCGUUGUGGUCGGUUGAAGACGUUCGAGAAUGGGUUAAACAAAUCGGAUUUUUUGAAUACGAAAAGAAUUUCUUCGAUUCACGUGUUGAUGGCGAUUUGUUGCUACAAUUAACUGAAGAGAAUUUACGAGAUGAUAUUGGCAUUGAAAAUGGAAUACGGCGUCGACGAUUCAAGCGCGAAUUGGAAAAUCUGAAAAAGAUGGCCGAUUAUAGUUCGAAAGAUGUGGCAAACAUUUGCUAUUUCCUCCAAUCAAUUGGACAAGAGUUCACCAUUUAUACGUAUGCCAUGUUGAAUGCUGGCGUUGAUAAAGAAUCACUGAAAAACUUGAACGAUGAUCAACUUGUUAUGGAAUGUGGUAUUAAAAAUUCCAUUCAUCGUGCGCGCAUUUUGAAUACAAUUAAAUGCAUGGAAAAUUCAUUGGCUCUGUCCAACGAAGAGAAUAUGGACAAAACAUUGGAUGUUUUUGUUAGCUAUCGAAGGAGUAACGGAUCUCAGCUGGCUAGUUUAUUAAAAGUGCAUUUGCAAUUGCGCGGUUUCUCAGUAUUUAUUGAUGUUGAACGCUUGGAAGCGGGCAAAUUUGAUAAUAACCUUUUGAAUAGCAUUCGUCAAGCGAAGCAUUUCAUUUUGGUUCUAACGCCGUCGGCAUUAGAUCGUUGCAUUGAAGAUGAAGAAUGCAAAGAUUGGGUGCACAGAGAAAUUGUGGCAGCGCUCACAUCAAAUUGUAACAUAAUUCCAAUUAUUGACAACUUUUCAUGGCCAGAAGCAGAAAAAUUGCCCGAUGACAUGCGAGCCGUAUGCCAUUUUAAUGGCGUUCGAUGGAUCCAUGACUAUCAAGAUGCAUGCGUGGACAAGCUCGAACGAUUCAUGAGAGGUGAACGAGAUACAAUAAUGGCCGCAUAUCGCUCGGCAAUGCGAGGCGAUGCAACACCAAACACACCAAGUACAGCAUCUUCGUCGCGACAAAAUCCAUUGACUUACCAAAGAAUGCAUUCGAAUGAUUCCGACAAAGAGAAAGACAGUGGUCGAGCGUCAGAUUGACUAAAUGCCGCCCCCUCCACCAAUUCAAAUAGCAUGUCCAAACCAAAAUCAUCAUCAAAUCAAAAGCAAAAAUGGCUUACAACCACAUUGCCAAGCGGCGGUCGCAUUAACAAAUGUAUAAAACCGGUGCCUGCACCACGCAAUGAUGCUUACAUCAAGUCGACGCGCAGCCAAAGUUUGGAUGCCAUCGAUGGAAAUGAUGAAAUUGUGAAAAAAAUAAAAAAUGCUUAUUUGAAGGAGGGGGUCUCGGAAAAUAAUCUAAGUGCUGAUGGUGAUCGAAAAAAUGUAAUCGGUGAAAAUGAUGACGACAAUACCAGAGCAAAUAAUUCAAAUGCAAACAUUAAAAGUAACACAUUCUUAAAUCGAAGUGAAGAGAGUAGCAUUGGUUCAACGACAUCAUUGAACAAUACUAUAAAUUCGGAACCAAAUCCAUCUGGUAGUAGUAGCAUGCUGAAUCAAGACGAUACCAAAUCCAGUUCAACCACAUCAAGCGCUCAAUAUUCAAUGACCGAUAAUUCAGAGAGCGAACCAAAACGUACAUUGCUUAACAAAUAUGUGAAAAAGGUUAAAUCGUUAAUGAAAAAAUAAUCGAUUGCGAAGUGACGAACGCAAAAUAUAUACAUUUUGCCGAACCUAGAACGUUCUUUUGUUGAUCAAAGGAUUUCAACAUUUCCUUUAUUUGCACAUUUUAAAUACCUAUUGUCUAUAAAAUAGAAUGGCCAUUAUUUUAUUGUAUCAUUCAGCAUAUAAUUCAUGCGGAAUCGAACAUUUUAAACGUUUAGACUAAAAAAAUAAGUAGAUUAGUAUGUAUGAUUCAUUUUUUUCUUUAAAAACAAUUAUAAGGGAUAUUAACGUGAUAUUAUUAUUUAUACAUAUUAGAAAUGAAUUAAUGAGAUGAGCUGAGAUGAGAUGAGAUAAGAUGAGACAGAGAUGAUUUUAAUAUAUUAAUAUUUAAAUAGAUUUUAAUGUCGUGUACGUCCACAAUAUUAUUUUUCUGUAUUUUUUACAAGGUUACGCUCGAUUUUUAUAAUGCUUUACACAAAAUAACAUUAAUAUAUUUACAAACAAAAAAAAACAACGCACUCAGUAAGCAAACACUCACGAGCCAUUAAGAGUCAGGAAAAACGCCUGUCGUGCCUUCUCUGUUUUGAUUUUUUUUUCUCACAUUGUAAAAUAGCUACAACAAACAUUUUUAUAGCCGUUUUGGAAAGGUGCAAUUAUCUUAUUCUAGAUGUUUAAUGUUGUUUCUUUUUUAAAAUUAAAUACAAUUUUCAACUCGAA